CUUACCAUUACCUUUUGUCCUUGAACUCAUAUCCAAGAUGGCUGCUCCUGCACUGAGAAAGUCUACCUGCGUCUUUCGACUCUUCAAUAAUGCAGUUCCUUGCUCUAUGCUGCAGAGCAGGAAUAGUGGAGUAUGGAGCAAUGUGGAGAUGGGACCACCAGAUGCCAUCUUGGGCGUCACGGAGGCCUUCAAGAGGGACACAAACCCCAAGAAGAUGAACUUGGGUGUUGGGGCCUACAGAGACGAUGCCGGGAAACCAUACGUCUUGCCCUCUGUGAAGCAGGCUGAGUUGGAAGUCAUCGACUCGGGACUGGACAAGGAGUAUGCUGGAAUUACUGGUGUCCCCGAUUUCUUCAAUUCAGCCAUCAAGCUUGCCCUCGGGGAGGACAGCUCUGCCGUCAAAGACGGACUGAAUGUCACCACACAAGCUAUCUCUGGAACUGGUGCUCUUCGUAUUGGGGCAAACUUUUUCAACAAAUGGUACUCUCAGAGCAAGACCUUUUGGCUCCCCACUCCCUCAUGGGGUAACCACACCCCAAUCUUCAAGCAUGCAGGUCUGAAUGUGUCCUCCUACCGUUACUACGAUCCCAGCACUUGCGGAUUCGACUUCCAGGGAGCCCUGGAGGACAUCAGUAAAAUCCCAGAGGGAGAUAUCAUUGUCCUCCAUGCCUGUGCCCACAACCCCACCGGUGUAGAUCCCAGGCCAGAGCAGUGGAAAGAGUUGAGUCAGGUGAUCAAACAGAGGCGACUUUUCCCCUUCUUCGACAUGGCCUAUCAGGGCUUUGCUAGCGGAGACACCAACAAAGACGCCUUUGCCGUGCGCAAGUUUGUCGAAGAUGGUCACCAGAUUGCCCUGUCACAGUCUUUCUCCAAGAACAUGGGUCUCUAUGGUGAGCGUGUCGGAGCUUUCACCAUCGUGUGCUCCUCUCCGGAGGAGGCUGCUCGCGUCAUGUCCCAGGUGAAGAUCAUCAUCCGACCCCUGUACUCCAACCCCCCUAUCCAUGGAGCCCGAGUGGCUGCCAAGAUUCUCAACACACCAGCACUGAAUGCACAGUGGUUGACGGAGGUGAAGGGCAUGGCCGACCGCAUCAUCGACAUGCGUGCACGACUGCGGGAUGGUCUCAAGCGGGAAGGCUCCAGUCACAACUGGCAACACAUCACAGACCAGAUCGGCAUGUUCUGCUUCACUGGACUCAAGCCUGAUCAGGUGGAACGUCUUACCAGUGAAUUCUCUGUGUACCUCACGAAAGACGGUCGUAUCUCUGUCGCCGGUCUUUCCUCCAACAACGUGGACUACCUGGCCAACGCCAUCCACCAAGUGACCAAGUAGGAUGGUCGCCAGACACACAAGCGCGCAGCGCAACGCAGCAUGGGCACAAUACACUCCAGCCCUGGAUCUUUGCAGAAACGAUUUCUGUGAUAUUGUUGCUCCUCUCCGAACGUGUGGAUGAAACUUCUUGUUCUUGUUGACUUUCUGAAGAAAAUUUGAGAUUUAUUUGUUCUUGUCUUAUGGUUGAGGAAUUUCUUGUCACCCCACAAUAACAAGUAUUGAGGAAUGGGAGCUGUGUGAUGAAUGUAGACUGAUAAACCUUUUUUUUUUUUCAUUCUUGCUUUUAAUUUUAGUGUCAUAGAUAUAUUUAUAUAUAUUUGCACAUGUAUCUCAAUUUGUUUGAUUUUUUUCUUUAGAAACCUUUUUUUUUUUUUUUGGUCGUUUAUUUCACGCAUAAUUGAUGGGUUUUUUUGUGCACAAUACUUAAGAGAGGGCGAUUGCUGGUGCUUACAUUUUUUGCGGAGCCCUUUUUCCUGGAUUCCUGUAGUUCUUUAAGAGUUAGACUUUAAAAGUUGUAGCUUUGUGUGAGGGUAAGAAUAGAUAUGACUAUUGCCGAUACCAAGGCUCCAGUGUGAAAGAAGUCUCGUGUGCACUCAGUCUCCCAUAGUCUCUCACAGUCACAGCAAACACAUCAUCACUCAAAAUACUCUGCUCACCGAGUCCUCAUGGUGGCACAGCUUAUUGCCUGUUUUACAAGGACGGAAUUGAAGUGAUACUUUGUUGAAAACAUUAUCGAGAAUUUCAGUGCUUUAUGUAAGAGUGGUCCAUUAUUGGAAAUUGUUACUUGUUUUUGAGGUUAGUGUUACCAAAUUUUAGAGCGCUUGUGUUUAUACUGCUCAGUUUUUGUACUUAGGAUUGCUACGUCAGUCUGGAUUAUUUCCUUGUUCUUUUUAUGCCAUAUGUCCAUUCGUAAUGAAGAACAUGUUAAUUCUGGAAAAUGUAUAGUAUACCGGCCUAAGCAAACACAUUUUGAAGCCUUUUACCUUUCAUUUCAUUCUGAGGCAAUCUACAUCUACACAGUGCCUGUUGUCAGCGGUGAAAAUACCAAAUCAAAAUAAGAGCCAAAAAAAAAACGUCUUCCUUUUGGAGCUUUUGAUCUGGUCAUAUUUUGCUUUGGAAGACUAGGAGGAAAUUUGUUUAGUGUGCUGUAUUGCUUUAUAAAUUUUGUGUGCACGUGCAACGCACUCAAAACUACAUUUUGUUUGUUCGUGUACUCCUGAUGGGUUUGAUUUUGAUUAUACAGCUGAAGGACGUGUGUUGGAAGGGCUUUUUAUGUAAAAAAUGAAUAAUAGCAAUUUGAUCUCUGAUAUUAUCAGCUGUUUCUGUGUUUUGUGUUGCUUUACAGAAGUGGCAUCGGCAAUGUCCCGAGUGCUGGUGAUGCGCUUGUUGUAAUGACGUACGUCCAUCUCUGCUGAAUGUUGUCCUCUGUUCACAUUUCUAGACAGAAUUGCCUAUAGUAGUGAUGGGAGGGAUGUUUUUUGCAACAUUUAUCAUGUUGACCAUGAAUAAACUGAUAAAUACAGUA